UGUUUCAUGUCUGGGCUUAGCAGUAUCUCCCAGCUGCUACCAAUGGGAAUCCUACUCUUUUCAUGGAUUUUCUUCAUGCCUCUAUGCUCAAGCUUUUUUGGUAUGCAUGUUGCUUUGGUGUCCGGCGAGUGUCUGAGUGAUGGGAGGGUAUGCCUGGAAGAUGAGAUGUUGUUGUUGCUGCAACUGAAGAGCACCCUCAAAUUCAAUGCUGAUGCAUCUAAUAAACUAGUUUCCUGGAAUCAAAGCGCGGACUGCUGUUCUUGGGGCGGUGUAACCUGGGAUGCCACUGGUCAUGUUGUCGCUCUUGAUCUCAGUAGCGAAUUCAUUUCUGAUGGAUUCUAUAGCUCCAGUAGCAUUUUCAGUCUACAAUAUCUCCAGAGCUUGAAUUUGGCUAACAACACCUUCUUCUCUUCUGAAAUUCCAUCUGGAUUCGACAAGCUUGGUAAUUUGACUUACCUCAAUCUGUCUAAAGCUGGCUUUUCUGGGCAGAUUCCAAUUGAGAUUUCACGCUUGACAAGGUUGGUUACCAUCGAUAUCUCUAGCUUUAAUGACCUCUUUGGAACCCCUGCACCGAAGCUUGAGCAGCCAAAUCUGAGAAUGCUGGUUCAGAACCUCAAAGAGCUUAGAGAACUCCAUCUUGAUGGUGUAGACAUAUCAGCCCAGGGGAAGGAGUGGUGUCAAGCAUUAUCAUCUUCUGUACCUAAUCUCCGAGUUCUGAGCUUGUCCAGGUGUUUUCUUUCAGGCCCUAUUGAUUCUUCCCUGGUGAAGCUUCGCUCCCUGUCAGUUGUUCAUCUGAAUUAUAACAAUUUCACAGCUCCAGUUCCUGAUUUUUUGGCAAAUUUCUCAAAUUUGACUUCCUUGAGCCUCAGUUUUUGCCGACUGUAUGGAACAUUUCCAGAAAAUAUCUUUCAGGUACCAGCCCUGCAAAUUCUUGACUUGUCUAACAAUCAGUUACUUUGGGGUGCUUUGCCAGAAUUUCCUCAGGGUGGGUCUCUACGGACCCUGGUGCUUUCGGAUACAAAAUUUUCGGGGCAUAUGCCAGAUUCCAUAGGUAAACUUGAGAUGUUGUCCUGGAUAGAACUAGCACGUUGCAAUUUCAGUGGACCAAUCCCCAGCUCCAUAGCAAAUCUUACUCGAUUGCUUUACUUGGACUUAUCCUCAAAUGGCUUUACCGGUUCAAUUCCAUCCUUCCGUUCUUCAAAGAAUCUGACCCAUAUAAACCUUUCUCGUAACUAUUUUACUGGUCAGAUAAUUUCCCAUCACUGGGAAGGCUUUUUGAAUCUUUUAAAUCUGGACUUGCACCAAAAUUUACUACAUGGGGAUCUUCCGUUGUCCCUGUUCUCUCACCCAUCACUGCAGAAGAUACAGCUUAACCAAAACCAAUUUUCUGGUCAACUAAAUGAAUUUUCAGUUGUGUCUUCUUUUGUACUGGAGGUCCUUGAUUUGAGUAGCAACAAUCUACAAGGGUCAAUUCCCCUUUCUGUCUUUGAUCUGCGGGCUCUUCGCGUCCUUGAACUUUCUUUCAACAACGUCAGUGGCACCCUUGAACUAAGCAAAUUUCAAGAACUAGGGAACCUUACUACUCUGAGUCUCUCCCACAACAAGUUGUCAAUCAAUGUGGAUAGUUUCAAUUCCAGCUUUUCUAAAUCCCCCCAUUUCACCACAUUAAAACUGGCAUCUUGCAACCUGAAAAGAUUCCCUGAUCUAAGGAACAACUCAAAGUUUUUGGGAUAUUUAGACCUUUCACAAAACCAGAUUCAAGGGGAAAUACCUCAUUGGAUUUGGAUGAUCGGCAAUAGCUUCCUUGUGCAUUUGAAUCUCUCUCAUAAUUUGCUGGUGGAUCUGCAAGAACCUUUCCCUAAUCUUCCUCCUUAUCUGUUUACCCUUGACCUACAUUCCAACCUGCUCCGUGGACGAAUCCCCACUCCACCACAAUUUUCCAGCUAUGUGGAUUACUCAAACAACAGCUUCAUCUCUUCCAUCCCUGAAGAUAUUGGCUCUUACAUUUCCUACGUUAUUUUCUUCUCUCUUUCAAAGAAUAAUAUCUCUGGAAUAAUUCCAGAAUCAAUCUGCAAUGCAACUAACGUCCAAGUUCUUGACUUGUCUGACAAUGCUUUGAGUGGUGAAAUACCUUCAUGUUUGAUUGAGAAUGAGGCUCUUGCGGUUCUGAAUCUACGGAGAAACAUGUUCAGCGGCACUAUAUCUGGGAAUUUUCCUGGCAACUGUAUUUUACACACUCUAGAUCUCAAUGGGAAUCUUUUAGAAGGGACAAUUCCAGAAUCUGUAGCCAAUUGCAAAGAGCUAGAGGUUUUAAACCUCGGGAAUAAUCGCAUAGAUGAUAAGUUCCCUUGCUGGUUGAAGAACAUGAGCAGUUUGCGUGUGCUUGUUCUGCGAGCCAACAGAUUCCAUGGACCCAUUGGAUGUCCAAAUAGCAAUUCCACCUGGCCAAUGCUUCAAAUCGUUGACCUAGCUUACAACAAUUUUAGUGGUAAAUUGCCGGCAAAAGGCUUCUUAACCUGGAAAGCAAUGAUGGCUAGUGAAGAUGAAGUCCAAUCAAAGCUAAAUCACAUACAAUUUAAGAUCCUAGAAUUCAGUGAAUUGUAUUAUCAGGACGCUGUAACAGUCACCAGCAAAGGUCAAGAAAUGGAGCUUGUGAAGGUCCUAACUCUCUUCACUUCCAUUGACUUCUCCUCCAACAAAUUUGAAGGCCAGAUACCAGAAGAGAUGGGAAACUUCAUAUCACUAUAUGUCCUCAACUUAUCUGGUAAUGGUUUCACAGGCCAAAUCCCAUCAUCAAUGGGGCAGCUGAGACAGCUCGAGUCAUUAGACCUCUCACGCAACCAUCUGAGUGGGAAGAUCCCCACAGAGCUUGUGAGCCUAACUUUCCUUUCAGUCCUGGACCUCUCCUUCAAUCAGUUAGUGGGGGCAAUCCCAAGCGGUAAUCAAUUUCAAACAUUUUCAGAAGCUUCUUUCCAAGUGAACAAAGGAUUGUGUGGGCAACCUUUGAAUGUAAAUUGCGAAGAGGAUACACCACCACCGACAUUUGAUGACAGGCACUCAGCUUCCCGUAUGGAGAUUAAGUGGGAAUACAUAGCUCCUGAAAUUGGAUUUGUGACAGGAUUGGGAAUCGUGAUUUGGCCUCUAGUGUUUUGCAGGAGAUGGAGGCAAUGCUACUACAAACGUGUUGAUAGAAUUCUUUCAAGGAUUCUCCAUCACCAAGACCAAAGAGCAAGUGGUGGAAGAAGAGCUCACAGAAUUCGGAGGCGGAGAAUGUAGCAGUGGUGCAGAGGGAUUUAGUUACCAGUCAGAGUCUAUUUCCAUUAAUGAAAAAGUUGUAUAUUUAGGUUUGAUUUCUAUAAAUUUCUGGUGAGUGCAUAACUUUAUAUUUGGACUGUGUAAUGGGGAAGAUUUUUGAGGAUCAUAAGAAUUUGAUUUUCCGAAUGACGUU